UCAAGAAAUAAAUAUAAUAGAAGAAAAGAUAAAACCAACUUAUAAACCAUUUUUUAAUAAAAUAUCUUUUCAAUUAACUAAUCAACAUCAUAAAUCCUCAAAUUAUAUGCCUCCACAAUUAUCUGCUCAACAUUAUACGCCUAAUCAAGCUUUAAAUUUUGAUGGGAAGAGGAUGCGUAAAUCAGUAAAUAGGAAAACUGUUGAUUAUAAUUCUUCCAUCAUAAAAUAUUUAGAAGAACGCAAAUGGAGACGAGACUCAAGAGACAUAAAUUUUCCCGAACCAGAUCCAUCUUACAAUGUAGAGAUGCUCCCCCCUGAAGGCUAUUCAAAUAAUCCCAUUAAUUCUGUGAUGACGAAAUUUAUCCGUACCGCCACUAAUAAGAUUAAAUGCCCGAUAUUCAGCGUCGUGUGGACACCCGAUGGCAGGAGAUUGAUAACCGGUGCUUCUAGCGGGGAAUUCACACUAUGGAAUGGAUUAACUUUUAAUUUCGAAACCAUAUUACAAGCCCAUGACACAUCAGUUAGAGCUAUGGUAUGGAGCCACAGUGAUCAAUGGAUGGUUACCGCCGACCAUGGUGGCUAUAUCAAAUAUUGGCAAUCUAAUAUGAACAACGUUAAAAUGUACCAAGCUCACAAAGAGGCCAUCAGAGGAUUGACUUUUAGUCCAACAGACCACAAAUUAGCAUCUUGUGCCGAUGAUGGAACUGUUAGGAUUUGGGAUUUUGAACGCUGCGCCGAAGAAAAAAUUUUGAGAGGGCAUGGGUCUGAUGUUAAAUGCAUAGAUUGGCAUCCAUGUAAAUCCCUAUUAGCCUCUGGAAGCAAAGACAAUCAACAACCGGUAAAGUUAUGGGAUCCCAAGAGUGGACAGUCUCUAGCAACUAUUCAUUCUCACAAAGGGACGGUGAUGUCGUUAGGCUGGAAUCCAUUUAAUAGUAAUUGGCUAGUCACUGGGUCGAGAGACCAUUCGCUAAAACUUUUCGAUAUCAGAAAUUUUAAAGAGGAAGUCCAGACAUUUCGAGGCCAUAAAAAGGACAUUACUUCUUUAUCGUGGCACCCGAUACACGAGAACUUAUUUGUUAGCGGUUCGGCUGAUGGUACCAUUUUAUAUUGGACAGUUGGAAAUGAUAAAGACGUUGGAGGGAUCGAACAAGCCCACGAUAGCAUUAUAUGGACUUUGUCUUGGCAUCCAUUGGGCCAUAUACUAGUUUCCGGUUCUAAUGAUCACACUACAAAAUUUUGGACUCGGAAUAGGCCUGGGGAUUUGAUGCACGAUAAGGAUAACACGUUAUUAUCUUCCAAUUCCAUUGGCGUGGAAGAUUAUAUAUCGCCGAGGAAACUACAAAACGAUUACACCAAAAUUGAAUCAUAUUCAACAAGCAAAAAUACUCAAAUUCUAAAUACAGCAACACCUCUUUUAGAUGCUAACCAAGCCGUAGUGAACUCUCAAGUUUCCUUGGAUGAUCAUAAGACUCCAUCUACUCAAUCUUGCAUCUUUAUUCCGGGUCUAGACAUCAUAGCCCCGACUAAUUCUACGCAUCAACAACCAAGCGACACCAUAAGGAAUAUUAUUGAUCGCCACGAAUUCAAUGCUCUCGAUCGAGAAGAUUCUCGAACUUUGGAAACGGAAAGAGGGAGCAAAUAUCACGAUACCGAUAAUCGAUACCCCCAAGAUAACGCGCCUUACAAUAAAUCCCAUAAUUUUGAUAGCAAUUCCCAUAAUUACAACGAGCAAAAUUACGGUAAAAAUAAUUUUCCGACUAAUUUUAAUGCGCCGAAUAUCGCUGGAACCGUCGGUAAUAUUCUUUAUCAGCGUGUUCAAGAUGACUUUCAUGUGCGAAACGCCCCAUCAUUUCCAAAUAAUUUUAGCGAUCUUAAAGUGUACACACAACCAAUCUCGGACGAGAACGAUGCAAAUAAUAAUGUUUUUACUAAUCGAAUGUUUAUGAUGCAGCGGCAAAUGAGGGCUGGUGGUAUGAUGAUGAAUAAUAAUAUGAAUUCGGGUUCUUCCUCCAUAAGUCAGCAAUUUUCGCACGAUCCCUAUCACUUUAAUCCUAACCAGACUAAUUUUACACGUAAUUAUAACAACAACGAUUUUACUCAAGGGACUAACAAUAACAUGAUGUUAGGGGGCGGAAAUAUGAAUAACAUGCAUAAAUUUGCAAUAUUUAAUAGGUUCACGUAUCCUCGUCUAGAUAUGCCUAACAAUGGCCCCCUUAACACUAAAAAGGAUUUUAGGUAUCAACGAAAUUAUAAACGCUUGUAAAAAGACAUUUUUAUCGCCGACUAUAGAUUUGGGGCAGAAAAUAAUAACGAAUUUUAUAUAAAAAAAAUAUAUUAUUUAUAUAAAAAGAAUAUUAAAAUAUAAUAUUACCAAUAGACAAAAACUUUCUUUUUUCCCCUUAUUUAAAAUAUUAUG